UGCUUUCAGACAAUGUCUACAGCAGAUCUGAUGGAGAAUCUCAGGGAAGAACUCACCUGUUUCAUCUGCUUGGACUACUUUACCAACCCAGUGACCACAGAGUGUGGGCACAGCUUUUGCCUGGUGUGUCUCCUGAGGAACUGGGAGGAACAUAAUGCUCCCCUAACAUGUCCUGAGUGCUGGAGGUCAUUGGAGUCCCCAAAUUUUCAGCCCAAUGAGCGUUUGGGGAGGUUGGCUGGCAUCGGCAAGCAACUCAGAUGGCAGGUGCUGCAGAAAGAGGGCAACAAUAAGAGAAUGCUGCUGGAUCCCAAAGAGAUAUCUCAUGUGCAGAAUGCAAAAGCUUUCCAAACUCAAGGUCACGGCAUGAACAGAACAUAUCAAACGAAUGGGGUUGAGGAGUACCACAAAGGGAAGCUCCAGGAACUUCUCACUCUUUUGCGUAAAAAGAGAAAGGAGACUCAGGUAAUAUUAAACCAUGAGAAGGAAAGAGUGAUAUUGUGCAAGGAAGAGACAAAGUCUUGUAAACAGGUUGUUGUGUCAGAAUAUGUAAAAAUGCACCAGUUCUUGAAGGAAGAGGAACAGCUGCAGCUGCAGUUGCUGGAAAGGGUGGAAAGAGAGAACGUCAAGAAGCUGAGGGAAAAUGAGCUCAAGCUGACGCAGCAAAUAAGGAACCUGAGCAAAAUGGUUGAGCAUAUAGAGAUCGCAUGUCAGAGCUCUAUUGUAGAAACUUUUGAGGAUUUGAGAGAAAUAUUGGAAAGGAGUGAGCCACUCUUGCUUUAUUGUCCAGAGACGACUACCAUGGAAUUGUGUCUGUGCCGUAUCACGGGAAUGAGAGAAAUGCUAAGAAAAUUUAGCACGGAUAUUACUCUGGAUCCAAACACAGCUAAUGCCUAUCUAGUCUUGUCAGAGGAUCUGAAAAGUGUGAGACACGGAGGAAUCCAACAACAGUUACCUGACAACCCAGAGCGAUUCGACCAGUCAGCAACUGUGUUGGGUGCUCAGAUCUUCACAUCUGGAAGACACUACUGGGAAGUGGAAGUGGGAAACAAGACUGAGUGGGAAGUGGGCAUCUGUAAGGAAUCAUUGAACAGAAAAGGGAACCAGCCAAAGCCUCCUGGGGACCUCUUCUCACUUAUAGGCUUAAAAAUCGGAGAGGAUUAUAGUCUUUGGGUCUCCUCCCCCUUAAAAGGCCAGCAUGUCAGAGAACCUGUGCAUAAAGUUGGCAUCUUCUUAGACUAUGAAUCUGGACACAUAGCAUUCUACAAUGUGACAGACGAGUCCCUGAUUUAUAGCUUCCCUCCAGUAUCUUUCGAAGACUCUCUCAGACCUAUAUUUUCCCCUUGCCUCCCCAACGAAGGGACGAACACGGGCCCCCUGACCAUCUGCUCACUGAAAAAUUGUAUGUGA